AUUGUUUAUGGAAAAACCCUAUAACACCUGAGUUGCAGCGAGAGAGCAACCGCAGUUGUCUAAUCUCCAUGGCCACUUCUCAGCUCUUCUUCCGCCUACGCUACCGCCGCUGUCCUUCUCUCCUCCCCCCUACGACGCCUCGUACCAUCGCACCUUUCUUCCGAUCAAACUCCACUUCCUCCAACUCCGAGGCGCAGGCUCCCGAUCCCCCUCGCCGCCGCCGCUUACCUCCGCCCCGGCCGCACAAAUUUUCAGAACCCUCGGAUUUUGUCGGUAGUUGGAAUCCGACCGACGAUCCUCGCGAGGCAAAAAUUAGGCUUGGGCGAUUGCAUCGGGAUUACCAGAAGCAUAUGAAGCAGAUCCGUGCCGAGUACGCGUACGAGAUGGAGCUGCUGGGGAUCGAGAAGCAGAAAAAGGAUGAAGCCCGCCGCGACGCGCUUCGCCUUGCCAACGAGGAACGGAACAAGGUAAAGGCUGCGGCCGCCGAGAUCCGCGCUGCAGAGAGCAAGGCCUUCCAGGAGGAGCUCCGCCAAACCCUCUUGAAGGAAAGACAACAGAAGCUGGAAAGUUGGAGGGGAAAAGAGAAAUUAUUGACAGAAAAGAGAGCUGACAAGAAUGAGCUUCUUCGUCGUCAGAGUUCAGAAUGGGUUUCAGAGGAUAAGUUGGAGGACAGGAUAAUGGCAGCAAUUAUAGGUACCACAAUCCUUUAAUUCAUUGUGUUCUUUGUUUGUGUCAGGUUUGCUCUUUUUUCAAAGUCGUAGAUUGUCCUGUCAUUCGGAAUCCUUCAGUUCAAUAAUGUAAACUGAUAAUCAACUAAUAGUCUGAAGUUGCUUUCUUCAGUAGUUGUUUUUCA